GUAUCAACAUUCAUACAGUUAAUCUCUCAAUUACAAUGCACUAAAUUUAUAAAAAAAAGAAGAAAAAUAAUCCAAUAAUUUAAAUCAUAAAUUCACCAUAAACUCUUUGUCCAAAUUCUUCUGAAUUCUGUACAGACAUCGGCCAAUCUGGUUGGAACAAGAUCGCGGUGCAUCACUGCCGUCGCCAUUACAUCCCUUCUUCUCUGAUUUUUCAUUUCUCGACAAUUUCAUUCUUUCCAUCCACUAAAUUAUCAAACCCAAAAAACCCAAUUCCAUUUUCUCCAUUUCAAGUUCUUCAGACCCAAUUUUACUCGAAAAUUGUCUAGUCUCCACCAUUUCUGAGCGAUGAAUUUACGAUCGAGGAUAGUGAUGGCGGCGGCGGCGGCGUAGAAUAGUUGUGAAGGAAAAUGGAAGAGCUGCCGGGGGCAUUGGGCACAAGUGCAAGCUUGGCCCUCCGUCUUGGUCAGGCGAUCUUUGCCUCGGCUUCUCUCUUCUUUAUGUGUCUGGAAAUUGAGUUCUAUAGCUACACGGCUUUCUGCUAUCUGGUGACAGUCAUGGGAUUGAUGGUUCCUUGGAGUUUGACAUUGGCAGUAGUAGAUGGAUAUUCAGUUUUUGUUAGGCAUUUACCUCCUCAAACAAGAGUAACGUCAAUCAUCGUCACCGGAGAUUGGGUUCUAUCAUUUCUCUCUUUGGGCGCUGCUUGCUCGACAGCCAGUGUCGCUGAUAUACUGCUCGAAGCCGGGAUUUCGUAUUGUUCAGCAAAGCUUUGCAGUAGAUAUCGGCUUUCUGCAGGAAUGGCAUUCUUGUCAUGGUUUCUUUCUUUAGUUUCUUCCCUCUUCAAUCUAUGGCUUCUUCCUUCUUUGUAGAGUUGAUCUUGUUAAUGUCAUUUUUUGAGAACUGUAAAUGCAAAAGGUAAAAAUAAAAAUAAAAAUAAAAUAUGACAUUGAUGCAAAAAUUUGUCCAAUUCUGGAAACUUGGAUUGGAUAAUUGUAAAAUUAAUUCGAUUCAAUAAUCAGAAGUGCUAUGCAAGUAUUGAAGAUGAAUCAUUUAUGUUA